AUGCGUCAGACUCUGCCUUUCAGCCUUGCAGCUGCUUUGCUGCCAACACUAGGAGCGGCACAGGCCAAAGAUACCAUCAUCUUUGAUUCUCCUGGAAACCCCAUUCUCGGUGAUGGCUCUCUCUACUCGGCUGAUCCGGCACCGUUAGUUGUCAACGAUACUGUUUACAUUCUUUCCGGCAGGGAUGAGGCCGACGAACGUACAAACGAUUUUGUCAUGAACCAGUGGCAACUCUUCGAGGCCAAGAACCCCAAGCCAUCCGGCGGUACAUGGGCUCUUCACAAGGAUAUCGCAGAGCCACAAGACAUUUUCUCUUGGGCUCAACCUGGAGGAGCAUACGCGAGCCAGAUUGUCCAAGGAAAGGACGGCAAGUUCUACAUCUACGUCUCCAUCCGUCAGCAGAACGGGGCUUCAGAUCCCUUCUCGAUCGGAGUCGGCGUUGCAGAUGACCCCGUGGGACCUUACAAAGACGCACAUCCUGCUGGUCCCAUCAUUUCUCAAAACGUUCCGACCAAGAAUGACAUCCAUAACAUUGACCCUACUGUUCUGGUCGAUGACGAUGGAAAGGUCUACAUCUACUGGGGUUCUUUCAACCAGCUCCGAGGAUACGAGCUCGACUCCGACAUGGUUACCAUCAAGGGUAGCGAAGUCCGCGUCGACAACCUGGACGGUUACUUUGAGGCGCCUUGGCUGUCGAAGCGCAAGGAUACUUACUACCUCUUCUAUGCCGCCAAUAACGCUGGUCCAAACUCUCCCUGUACGCCCACUUCUUACCACGCCUGCAUUGCUUAUGGCACCGCCUCCAGCCCUCUCGGUCCUUGGACAUUCGGCAGUGUGGUGCUGGGCAUCGUCUCCUCGACUACAUCACACCCCGGCUUCUACGAGCUCGGAGGUGAAUGGUUCAUGGUCUAUCACACUGCUGAUGCCAAGGACGGAGGUCACUUCCGACGAAGCGUGGCUUUCGACUCCCUCGAGUGGGACGACUCUUCAUCACCGCCCCUGCCUCUCAAGGUCAAGCAGACCAAGCGACCAGCUGCUGCACCCAAACCAACCCGCAACAUCGCCCCCAAGGCCGAGGUGUCAUCCGAGAACGAGACUCCCAUUCAGUACUGGAUUGCUGCCCUCAACGAUGGCCGCAUCAAGGAGACUCCUCUGCCUCCUGACUACUGGUCCUCCUAUGCAGGAGAGCGAUCCCCAGAGACUAACGUCUUGACGUACACAUGGGAUAAGGCAGUCAAGCUCAACGGUGUCGCCGUAUCCUUCUUCGCAGACCAACCCGCCGGAUCCAACAUCGGCGUCCCACCUCCAGCAUCCUGGUACGUGGAAUAUGCCACCGGAAGCGGAAGCUGGGCCAAGGUGUCCGCCAAGGGCAGCUAUCCCACUGAGCCUUCUUUUGAUCCCCCAGAGGUCAGCUUCGAUACCAUCUCUACCACGAGCCUGAGGCUUACAGUCAAGGCCUCGGGAGGAUCUGGUCAGUUUGGUGGAGUUGGUAUUCAUGAGUGGUUUGCUUAUGCUCCUACCGCGGAGUAA